CGUAACGGCAUCCGCAUGCCAUGGAUAACCCCUUAGUUAUUUUUAGUCAUCUCAUUACGUCACCAAUCAAUGUAACGCUAGCGAUCACGUGACCUUAGCUUUAUAAACGCAGCAAACUUGUAAAGCCCCUAAGGCUCACAGAAAUUCGACGGGUUCACACGGGUUUAAGUUAGCGCCGCCCUAGGCCAAACUCGCUGUAAAGCUUACCAAGUUCUUACACGCAAUAAAACCCUAGCCUUGUGGAAUUUGUGAGUACUUCAUCAAAAGUUUCCCGGAUCUCUCCGCCACGCGGAGCUGACGCCGCUACAGUCGAAUUUCUGUUGGAAAGCUGAAUCCCUGCCGAUUCAACCAAGUCCUCAGUCAAGUCAAGUCCAAGUCAAGCUUCCCUGAAGCUCUAAGCCCAUCAAAGGAGAAAAGGCCAGUCAAGUCCGCCGACCCCUAGACCCGAACCGCCCAUCCGAAAACCGUAAGUCCGUUCCACUUUUUCUACUAAUUUCGAAAAUUUGGUUCAACUACAACCGGAUACGCAGAGAUUUCACAACAAAGGAAUGCUCUCUGCAUUACACAAAAGUCAAAAGUUUCAAACCACAUGAAGACAGAAAAUAUUGAAGUCAUUCUCAAUUAGAAUUCACAAACUGAUUAAUCAUCUACUGGUUUCUUCAGUAUAUUGCCAUUAUUCUACGUCGUCUGUUCGUUAAUACAAAAAAAAAUAAAAAAAACUUUGUGUGACUUAUCAUUUUGCCGCUCGCCGCGACCAUCUACAAUAAGAAUUUAAGAAUGGCCGAACGCCCCAAUGCGCCCGCCCCAAUCAGCGAAAAUAUCCCCGAGAACAUUGAGAGUUUUCCAGAAAAUAUAAUUCCCCAUCAGUCGGUAGAGCCCGAAACUACAACGUUAAGAUCACGUACCAUGACCGAAAAGGGUUUAGAGUACGCAAAGGAACUUAAAGCAAAAACCGCAAAAGCCGCGAGCGACCAUUUCCGGCAAGUCAUAUCCGAUUUCCUGGCACAUUUAAGCUCAUCAAAUAAUAAAGAACAAAUAUUGAAAGAACUUAGUCAUUGCAAUGCCCCAGCAGAAAGCGCAACAACGAAAUUAAACGAUUUCUACUAUCUCAUAAAAGAAACGCCAGAUUCACAAGAAGUGGCCGAUUCACAGUUAGAUAUCCAUCAGUCGAUUAAUGAGGCUAAGAAAAUAGCGCAUGAGAAGAUAACAACUCUCGAGUACCAAGCUGACAAAAUGUCAGUAAUUUCCUCUGCGUCACACUCUUCACGGAAAUCAUCAAAAAGCUCGAAAUCCGCAAGAGAUACUUUAAUCGACGUGCGAGCAAAGCGUGCUGCCUUAGAAGAAAAGAUCAAAUUUAAUAAUUCAAUCUUGGAACAGGAACAAAAACUAGCAAAUCUUAAACUGCAACAAGAAUUAAAUGCAACAAAAGCCGAAGAGGCCGUUUAUAAAGAAGCGGUCUCGCUAGAAGAGUUUGAACUGCCCAUCGAGAAAGAGAAUUUAAUAAGCCGUUUCCUGUCCGAGGCACAAACAACCAAACCUGUUAUCACAGAUCCGAUCCAAAGUUGCUUAUCUCCCUUUAACUUUCCUAACACCGAAAGUUCACUCGUAUACACUAAACCGCAGCGACCCCUUACUGCCAACACGUUCGUGACCUUUCAGACCACUCAAGUACCUGAGAAUCGUCCCUUCAUCAGCCAAUCCCAAACAAACCCGCCAUCAACACUUACCGCUUGGCACAACGCACAAGAGUUUACGCCGAAAAGCUCCACUGUCUAUCAGGAAAUUCAAAAUGCCCAGCCAAUGUCACACAACCAAAAUGUGCAGUCAUCUGACCCGUCACACCAUUACAAUGGGAUACCGAAUCAAAGCGUCACACAGUCCUACCAACAGCCCUUGCAGACAGAUAGUGUCAAACAAAUAGCCGAAGCCCUUGCUAAAGUCACACAACUCCAGCGCCUGCCGCAAGCUAAGCCAGACAUCUUCACCGGGGAAGGGCCCCACACGAAAUUCUUUAUCUGGGAAACAGCGUUUGAUGCAUUAAUAGACACUGCCCCGGUGAGCGCGCAGCAAAAGCUUUAUUUAUUGUAUCAACAUCUCGGCGGAAAGGCUAAACUAGUAGUAGAGCAAUUACAGUACAUGGUUGGCGCAGAUCCCGACACUGCCUACCGUGAAGCUAGAAAUAAGCUGAGAAACCGCUUCGGACGCCCAGAUAUAAUAGCGACAGAAUUUGAAACAAAACUAACAAAUUGGCCAAAGAUAGCGCCUAACGAUGGAAAGGGGCUACGCGAAUUUAGUGACUUUCUGUAUCAAGUGCAAGUUGCAAGCGCGCACAUGUCAGCCCUUAAGAUUUAUGAGUUCCCCUCAAAAAUACAGUCCCUAGUAGAAAAACUCCCGGGAUGGUUCGCGACAAAAUGGUCAAUCAAAGUGCAAGCACUACAACAGGAAAGGGGGUACAGCGCGUUUCCUAGCUUUAGUGAUCUCGUCACAGAAGUAUGUUUUCACGCCGAGCGAAUGAACAUUCCUCAACUCACACCGACCAAGCACUCUAGCACUCCAACUCCCAUACAAACGCACCGCAAGCCACAAGAGCGCAUUCAUAAUGUACUCCUAACUAAAACCGAGACCCAAAAGAAGAAAGCAUUGGUUAAACACACAGAAAAAAAGGUCUGCCCGUACCAUAACAACGCAGCGUCGCACAACCUAACUGAAUGUAAAAGGUUCAAAGAACUCCCAUAUGAAGAAAGGCUAGAGUUCCUAAAAUCAAAUGGGCUAUGUUUUAAAUGCACAGGAAAACACUUUCGUAAAGACUGUGAAGAAACUCCUCCCCGAUGCGAGGCCUGCAAUAAGAACCACCUAACUUUGCUUCACGAAGACAGAAGCACCCCCGCUAAACCUGCACCCCCUAGCCCCCCAGAAGCAUCAGCAACAUGCACACAAGUCUGCGGAGGGGAGGGGACCGGUAGGUCGUGCGCCCGAAUAGUCCUUGUCAACCUCACACAUGAGUCACAGCCACACAAAAAACAGCUCACAUACGCCGUCCUCGAUGAUCAAUCGACAGACGUAUUCAUCACGGAUAGUCUAUCAAGAUUGCUAGGAAUAACAGCACCGGAGCUCGACCUAAAGGUCAAUACUAUAGUCGGCUUCAACACAAUUCGUACAAAAAAGAUAACUGGUCUACGAAUUCAAGAUAUCAAAAACGAACACGCGCACGUCACCGUAUGCAUACACACGCGAGUACAUCCCCGCCGCACAAAGCGAUAUCGCUAG